UUCACUAGAAGAGUAAAACCCGAUCACGACGGUCUCUGAAUCUCAAUUAGGGUUCAUUUCAGAAAUUCCCGAUGAAAUCCCGGUGAACAUGGAAGAAGACCUCCAAAUUUCCCUCGACAAGCUCCCAAUCAAACGCGUAGAGUUCGUCGAAGAAAACGGCGACGAACGGUUUCCUUCAAGCGAUGUUGGGUACGAUGAGAAAACGGUGAGCUUGAUAAGGAGAAUUGACUUCGCGUGGGCGGUGGAGAGAGAGGAUCCGAGUAAGAAGCAGAAGAAGAGUAGUGCAGACUCGAGUUCUUCGUCCAAGGAGACAAGCGCCAAUCAACCAUGGCCGUGGCAGAGCUUGGUGGAGAAUUUGCAGCUGGCUCAUCAAGAGCUCUCUGUCAUCAUCGAUCUCAUCAAUACUGUGGAAGCAAAUGAUGCAGUAACAGUGGCUAGCAUGACCAGGCCGAAGCAAUUACCUAAUGAGCUUCUAUCUGACCUUGCUGUAUCUAUGACCACCAAGCUGCAAAGUUUUCGGCACUUUGGGAAGUAUUUUAAGCAAUCUGCAAAAGCAUUGGAGAAGCAGGUAGCUAGGGAAGCAAGAUUUUAUGGUGCUUUGAUAAGGUUGCAGCAAAAUUGGAAAAUUAAACGGCAUCGGAUGAUGGCUGCCACUUCUGGAAAUGAGGGAUUUUACAUUGACUUAUUUGACAAUACAUUACAUGAUCCAGCAUUUGUAUUCCGUCCUUCGUCUGUUUCUGUGAUUCGUAUUGAGCAUGACCCAGCUGGAAUGCUGGCUGUAAAUUUGCCGCCUAAUUCAUGUCAAACUCUUCAAUUCGAGUUUCUUGGUGCAUAUUCAACUGGUAAUGCUAGGAAAUCUACCAAGACAAAAGUGAGGGGCAUCAUUACGGAAUCUGCUGGAGAAUCUAAGAAAGAGAAAAGUGAUGAUGAACAUGUGAAAGAAACACAUUGUACCCUACGUGAAGUCCAUAGAGCCAUAUUCGAUGAGCAGGUAUUUGAUCUGGUGAAUCGUGAAGCAUUCAACCCAUCUUUAGGUGUUGAUGUGACAGGAAUUCAAGAAAACUAUUUGCGUUUAGGCAUUGGUCAAGGAGCAUCUGUGUCUCUCUCACUUGUGUCAUCUAAUGAAGGUGAUCAAAUAUUCAAUGGUGAAGGUGAUGACAAUGUGGGUGCUGCAGUAGUGCCUGUGGAGUCUUUUGCUGGAUCUAAAUUAGAUGAUAGUAAAUUGGACUUGAAGAAGUUAGGGAAUCUUAAUCAGAUCAGUUUUGAAAUUUAUUUGCGACAAAUUUUCCAUGAACAUGUGUUUGCAAGAGCCAAAAAUAGAUCAUUGAAUUCUGUCAAAUCUCAAGCAUCUGGUCUGCCUACAAAGGAUGGUCCAAAUCUUCUCAGUCAUUUCUGCAUGUCUCUGGCUCACAGAAUCUUCUCAAACAAAGUUCUUGCAGAGCUGGAAUGUCUGGUUAGCAGAACACCUUAUGUCGAAUUGAUAUCUCACCCCACUUGGCACUCUCGAACAUCGUCAUGGACGCUCUUGAUGAAGGUACCUCAGUCAAUUCUCAAUGCAGGGAACGAGAUUCAUGCAUCCUACCUGGAUAAGAAUGUGAAGUCUCAGUUCCGGACUAAGGUUUCAGUGUAUGAUGAUUGCAUCAGCGUGGAAGGUGAAGGUGCCCCCAACGUCGUCGGUCUGUUCAAGGGAAAAUCUGAGGUCACGUGCUCUAUCAACAGAUAUGAUUGUGAUUUAGCAGAUCUUCCUGCCAUUCUGCUGCAGCAGGUAGCCAGCCAAGUUAUUCGGUGGCUUCGUGAGGAGGCUCUAAUGGUGGGCAUUAAAGCUAAUAGAGACUUUUUAUCAUUGUGGUUUGAGUUGGAGCAAGGCGAGACAGUUGGUCUCGUGGCACAUAUUGACCCCAAAGAUCCUAUAGGAUGCAUCUCUUGGUGGUUGGUAAUGGAGGAUGGUUACUCGGAUGAAAACAAACUUAAAGUUGACAUUUCUAAUGGGGAAUCAGAAAGAAGGAAGUUCUUAGGCUAUUUGUCUUUAGGUGUAUUGUACUCUACUUUGUUGGACUUGGUUAGCCUGAGCAGUGGUUCAGGGAUGAAUUAAACUCAUUCCAUCUUAACUUUACUUGAUAUGCAUUUCCUGAAUGUAGUUUAAUUUUUUCUAGUA